AACAUUCUUCUCAUCGAUUCGUACGAUUCUUUCACGUACAAUUUGUCUGAUAUUUUGCGGCAAGUCAUUCCAGAGGCCACCGUUCAUGUGAUUCGGAAUGAUGAUUGCACUGCUGAGCAACUGCACUCCUUGCUGCCCUUUUUUCAUGCUGCUGUGGUUGGCCCCGGUCCAGGGUCUCCGGAUGACCCCGCAGCCGUAGGAGUUAUUCCCGAGGUCUGGGCCGUCUGCGAUGACCUAAUGCUCCCCGUUCUUGGUGUCUGCCUAGGGCAUCAAUGUCUUUGUAUACAUUUCGGUGGUGGACUUGAACGGCUUUCUGUGGUGAAGCAUGGGCAACGCUCGCUCCUGGUCGAUGUCGAUGAAACCGAUCCAUACAGCCUCUUCACCCCGUCUCAUCCGAUUCGCAACGUAACGAGAUAUCAUUCUCUUCAUGUCGUGCACCUUGAGGACUGCAACGAUUUGAAGGUUUUGUCCUAUGCUGUCGACGAAAAUGGGUCUACUAUUACCAGGGUGGUCAUGGGUGCCCGACACACGAGCAAACCAUUCUGGGGUGUACAGUAUCACCCCGAAUCCAUUUGCACAUCAGAAGGUGGUGGAAUCCAUGUCAUCGCCAAUUUUUGGCGCCAUGCUGAAACAUGGAACCGGGCACACAAUAGGCUUUGCUUUCCCCCCCUUCCCAAGGAAUGGCGCAAUCAAUUCUUGAGGUCCGCUUCACAUUUCCUAGCGCCACUACCAAAUGCCCAUCCCGAAGUGAACUCCGGAGUUAUGGAAUACAUUUCUACUUCGUGCCCCGCGCUUUGCGGGAUGAAAACCCUUGGAAGCAGUGAUACACUCAUACUGGACUCUAGCGCCUCGCCUGGGAGGUUCUCAAUAAUCGGAGCUUCGACCACAACUAUGGAAAGGAUCACUCACCUUGUCGGUAAUAAGGUAGUUGAAGUUUGGAAAGGCAUGGGGCAACCACAGCACGUUGUCCUUGGUAAUAUGUCCAUAUGGCAAUUCCUUGCAAUAUAUCUGGGCGCCCGAAAACCGCCAUCCCUGCCAGCAAAUGUCGAAACCCCAUUUUGGGGUGGACUCAUUGGCUAUGCCUCGUACGAAUCAGGCGUCGACACUCUUGGCAUUCCCAUUGCCGCCCGUAGAUUUCCUCAUCAUCCCGACGUCCAAUUUGCCUUCGUCGAGCGCAGCGUUGUGAUUGAUCAUGAGCGACGCGAGAUUCGCGUUCAAUCUAUUUCUAGGGAUGUUGAUGCCGAGGCCCGAUGGAUCGAAAAGGCGCGCUCGCUCUUAGAGGUCGUAACGAGUUCAUUUUUUACGCCUGCUCCAUCUCCGUACCCUCGCACACCAUCUCCCUUGGAAUGGCGAUCACAGUUUGUGAAGCAGGGAACCCCUCACCUGAGUGUUAAUUUGCCUGACAAGAAAACAUAUCUCCACCGGAUCGCUGCGGCGCAAGAUUAUCUAGCUGCAGGCGACUCGUACGAGCUUUGUGUCACUGCCCUCACGAGAGUAGACGUCACUCUUCCGUCCACCUCCCCGUGUCUAAUUAAUGACCCCACAUUGACCAAGUCAUCUGCGGUGGCAUGGCCAUUGUUCAAAGCGCUCCGUGCUCUGAAUCCCGCACCUUAUGGAGCCUUUAUACGUCUUGGCGAAACUACUCUCGUUGGAUCAUCCCCCGAACGAUUCCUAUCGUGGACUCGAGACGGACGAUGCCAAAUGCGCCCCAUAAAGGGUACGGUGAGAAAAGCAAAGCCUGGAAACGAUGGGGGGCAGGUGACUUUGGAAGAAGCAAAACAAUUGCUUUUAGGAUCGAGCAAAGAAUUGGCCGAGAACCUGAUGAUAGUAGAUCUUGUCAGACACGAUAUGUCACGAAUAGUGUCUGCUCCCACAUCCUCCAGGGAUAGGAAAAGUAUACGGCCGGAGGAUGAGGUCCAAGUGACAAAACUCUUCCAAGUUGAAGAGUACGAGACUGUAUACCAGCUCGUCAGUGUGAUCGAAGGUAGGGUGGAUACGAGUGAAGGCUACACUGGAUGGGAUGUCCUUUCUGGAAGUCUUCCACCAGGGAGUAUGACUGGAGCCCCCAAGAAACGCAGUGUUGAGUUGCUUCAAGUUCUCGAAUCGAUGCCGCGUGGUGUUUAUUCUGGCGUAUGUGGCUAUUGGUGUGUAGGCGGUGGAGGUGAUUUUAGCGUCAUUAUACGCUCUGCAUUUAGGUACGAUGGUGACAACCUUCCCAAUACGACGUCCGUGGCCUCAGAUGCUCACCGCGAAACCUGGUACGUGGGUGCUGGUGGAGCAAUCACUGCUCUGUCAGACCCGCUCGGGGAGUGGGAAGAGAUGAGGACAAAGCUUGAAGGCACCCUAGGAGCUUUCAGGAAU